AUGUCGUGCUGCGGAGGCAACUGCGGGUGCGGAUCCGGCUGCAAGUGCGGCAACGGCUGCGGAGGGUGCAAGAUGUACCCUGAGAUGGACGAGGGAGUGAACACCGCCUCCCAGACCCUCAUCAUGGGCGUGGCCCCCUCCAAGGGCACCCCGUCGUUCGAGGCCGCCGCCGAGAACGGAGGGUGCAAGUGCGGCCCCAACUGCACCUGCAACCCGUGCACCUGCAAGUGA